AUGGGGGAGCUACCUGCACAGAAGGGCUCAAUUGAGUCCUCACAACCAAAGAAGAGCAGAAACAGAACCAGGAAGAAGGAGAGUCAGAAAGAGAAUAGGCGCCAGCUGCAGCAGCAGCUGCAGAUGGCCCAUGUCCCGCGCUGGCCUCGCUCGCAGUUCAGUUCCCAGUCGAAUUCUGUUUCCUCGCCGUCAACUAUCAAAUCGAGCCGGUCGAGUGGGAGAACCAGUUCCAGACUGAAACAGGUCCAGGCUCGCAAUGAUAACCAGGAUAAAAAUCAGACCCCGAUUCACACCUGGAACCACGGUCAGAACGGGAAUCACAUUCAGAACCAGAACAAGGAACAAAACAGCAGGCUGAGUGAUCUAGACACAGCAUCAAACUCAUCUACUUCACCUAGUUCCACUCGUCGCCAUCGCGGCAAAAGAGGCGGUCGCAAGAAUAGAAGCAAACGCAAGAUAGACGCUGAAGGUCAACAACUAGCCGGUGAACAGGGUGAACAUGACUACAUCCAUGAACACAAAAAUAGACACCAGACAUCGGGGGGAAAGGAGGGCCAGCAACUAUGGGAGGCGGAGAGGGCAUUAUUCGGCUACGUGCAUCCGUUGGAAAGAGAUGCGAAACGGUACGAGGCACCUCAGACAUUGUCUAGAUCAAGAACAGAUUCGGGAUCAUGGUCAACUACAAUGUACGAUGACAAAAACGAAGAACACAAGGACGUGAAUGGAGUUGUUCCGCAAGCGAACCAUGAUCGAAAUGAGGACCAACAAAAACAAAAACAGCCAGAGCCAGAGCUAGAGCAAGAACCGGAACCGCAACCAGAACUGAAACAAAAAACAUCUAAACCAUCCGAUACAGGCAUCCGAGCAUUCAGCGUACGCCAGGCUGACCCCAACGGCGGAAAACCUGUGGGGAUAAAACUGCAGAAAAAUGACGACAAUCGUUCGCCCACACCCACUGAAAGAGACGGGAGUAUCCAUACACCUGAAUCUGAUAAACCAUCGCCAUCCCCAUCUACAUUUACAUCUUCAGAGCCACGGGAACAGGGACAAGGACAAGGACAGCAAUCCGCCCCCGAGCAACCGAGAAUACCACGCAUCUUUUUCCAGCCGACGCAGACACCAGCUCAAGGCCAACAACAAUCAGGCGAACCGUCUCUUAACCAGGGGAAGGAAGUUAGUAUCAAGCUCGAUUUGAACCUGGAGGUUGAACUCUUGCUUAAGACGAAAAUUAAGGGGGAGAUUAUGUUAGCUACUCCAACUCCCAACACUACGUCAGCAUAA